AUGUUUCGAUUCAUCAAUGACGUCGACGACGACCCCUACAUGCUGGAUCCAUUCGCUGCUCACAGGCAGCAGAUGAGGAGCAUGUUUGGACCAUUCGGCAUGGACCCUUUUGCACUCACGCCACAGAUUCAAGCUCCCCGCGCGCCUCGGCGACAGGCUAGUGCACUGACACCGUUUGGCAUGAUGGGAAUGGGUGGAGGGUUCAUGGACAUGUUUGGCAUGAUGGGGGAAAUGAUGGAAAAUAUGGAGAGGAUGUCUGGUUCGCCCAACUGCCAGACCUUUUCUUCCUCCACUGUAAUUUCUUACUCUUCUAUGGAUGCUGGGGCUCCUACAGUGUACCAGCAAACCCAUCAAACAAGACACGGCCCAGGAGGGAUCCGUGAAACACGUCAGUCCAUGCGAGACAGCGAAAGCGGCGUGGAGCGUCUCGCCAUCGGCCACCACAUCGGCGAACGCGCCCACAUCAUGGAGCGCUCGCGGAACCGCCGGACUGGAGACCAGGAGGAACGGCAGGACUUCAUAAACCUGGAUGAGACUGAUGCUGAGGCAUUCGACACAGAGUGGAGGACUCAAGCGGGGCGAUAUGCUCCUCCCAGUGCCCGGGGCCUGGACUACGGCCGAGACCGACGGGCGGGGGGCCAGCAGCUGGCGCUCACCGCCCCACCCAGCUCCACGACCCCGCCGGGCCACCGGCACGACUCCCCCCGACACCACCCGCCCCAGUCCCGCCCGCGUUACGACUGGUGA